UUGACAUCUGGUAAACAUAACCUAAAAACUAUUUAAUGUUUACUUCUGUAAAUAUCAUUGAAAUACGGGAAAUUCCACUGUUAAAAUUUAUUUAAGUGUAUUAAAAUGUCAAUUGAUGCUUAUUUUUGUUUUUGCUGUUUAUCAACCAAUGAUUUGAUAAAUUUAUACAGUGAUAAACCCGAUACAAACUAUGCCGAAAUGCUUAAAGACCUUUAUUCUAUUCAACCUUUACAAGAAGAUUACGAAGACGACAGUUUCGUGUGUGAAGAGUGUGCUCGGGCGCUGCAGGAGGCACGGAAGUUCCGGCGCCAAGUUCUUGAAACCCUCAAUGCUCUGCAGGUAAACGGAUUAAUUGAACUGGAUAAAUCAGAAAAUUGUACACUAGUAAGGAAGGUCUCCGGAGAAUUUGUUUUAGAAGCAGAUGUCAAAUAUAAUGUUGAGGAAAAAAAUCUGACUGAAGUCGAUAAACAAGACAUAAAACAUCCAGAUGAUCCAGAGUCUGGAGAAAAAGAUGAAAAACAACCCGGCAUAGCACUAGAAAGAGAGAAGCGCAUCACAGUAGCCCGGAAACGAAAGAAAGAGCCAACUGUCAAGAAUGAGGUCCAAUAUGAGGUCACGGAAGAUUUCAAGUGUGCCGAGUGUGGGAUGGUGCUGCCCAAUGCAUAUGUGUACCAUGCGCAUAUGAAUAAGCACUUCCCGAAUCACAUUUGUGAAACUUGCGGGAAAGGUUUCCUGACAAAGAAAAGACUCAAACGCCACAUGCCAUCUCACAUCAAAGGCCCGUUCAAGUGCGAGCAGUGCGACACGGAGUUCAACAACUACAACUCUUUGAAUUCACACAGACAACGCAAGCACAAAUCGGUGGAGCUGUACGCGUGCCCGCACCCGCACUGCCCGUCUCGCUUCCCCACGCUGACGCGGCGCGCGCGCCACCUCGCCGCGCGGCACGGCGCACGCGCGCCGCACACCUGCUCACUAUGCUCCAAAGAUUUCUUACUCGCAGGAAACCUGUCAACACACAUGCGCAACAAGCACUUCAAAGAGAAGCGCCACUUCUGCGUGGAGUGCGGCGCCGGCUUCUUCCAGAAACAGGAGCUGCGCGGGCACGUGGCGGCGCACACCGGCGCCAACGACUUCCAGUGCGCGCUCUGCGAUAAAAGUUAUCCUCGCAAGAAAGCGCUGGACGUCCACAUGAGGGGCCAUCGCGACGAGCGCCGGUUCCACUGCGAGCUCUGCGGCAAGAAGUUCCUGCAAAAAUGCACCUUAAUCACACACGCUAAGACACACAAUCGAACGACGGUACAGAAGAAACCGGACGUUUUAUAACCAAAGGGUCAUGCAAAAAUGCACCUUAAUUAUAUUCAAUAAGACACACAAUCACGUGGAGGUACUAAAUAAACUGGACGGGUCGCCUUAGUAAAACAAAAGAUAUGGCGCGCUACGCGAAACAUGCGACGGAAGAUUUGGCGCUAGUGCGAGUUUUAAGUUUUUUCUCAAUAACUCUGAAAGUAUAGGUACUUCUGAUUAAUUAAUUUUUUUCUAGUCAAAUCCCUCGACAAUACCGGGUGUUUCCUGUAACAGGAGCAAUAAAUUAAACUGUAGGCUGUACUCCUCAAACUGACCAACAUUUGUUCAACGAUUUUUUAAAAUAACUUGUGUUUUGAUUUUCAUUACAGUUUAUUCUAAGACGCAAUGUAUUGCAAAAUUUGUUAUGUUUAAAGGGUGACAAGCAACGUCAAACACACAGAUGGCAGCGUACAUUGAAAAUAAUAUUUAAUUAGUAUGAAAAAGGUAUGAUCUAAAAAUUUCAUAAUCAUAAAAAGUUGCUUAACAAAUGUUGGUCAGUUUGAGGCGUACAGCCUCCAGUUUAAUUUAUUGCUCCUGUUACAGGAAACACCCGGUAUAUCACCAGUUAUUUUAUACUAAAAUAAUACUGUUAUGGUUUAUUUAUGGUAUGCAGGGU